AUGUUUAAAAGAAAACUGACCGCCUUAGACUAUCACAGUCCGGGUGCAUUUGACUGCGCAGAUGAGACCCAGUUUAGGAACCUUGUAGUGUGGCUGGAGGACCAAAAGAUACGACACUACAAGAUAGAAGACCGAGGCAGCCUGCGAAACAUCCCUAGCUCAGACUGGCCCAAAGCAUUCCACAGGUACCUGCAGGAUGUCAGCUGUCCAUUCGGCACAUCAGAGAGAGCGGAGGCUGUGGACUGGUUGCUGGGCCUGGCUGUGCGAUAUGAAUAUGGAGACAAUGUUGACAAGUACAGAAACUGUCCACCAAUGGAAGCCUCCAGCGAUAGCCGGGUGACGUCAGACCCUCUCGUUAACCUCGACAGUGACUCGCCGGAUUUCAAGGCGGGUGUGCUCGCCCUGGCCAACAUCCUCAAAAUACAGAGACACGACGAUUACUUGGUGAUGCUCAAGGCUAUUCGCAUCCUUAUCCAAGAAAGACUUUCACCAGAGGCCAUUGCUAAAGCCAGCCAGAAAAGAGAGGGUAUCCCAGUAGCCUUAGAGAAGCACAUCUUGGGUUUUGAUACAGGCGAUGCGACGCUAAACGAAGCAGCUCAAAUCCUACGCCUGCUUCACAUCGAAGAGCUGAGGGAGCUUCAAACAAGGAUCAACGAAGCCAUCGUAGCAGUUCAAGCAGUCAUUGCCGACCCAAAAACAGACCACAGGCUGGGCAAGGUCGGCAGAUGA